AUGUCCAACCCUGAACACCCUCGCACGAACUUGAACAAUCUAUUGCAGUCCAUUUACGGACCCUAUGUCCCUGACCAUGUCAGGUGGGAGGUCUAUUCGCAAGGCCCUCCCAACGCUUUAACAUGGUAUGCGACCAUCUACAUUGACGAUAUGAAUUACGGCUACGCUUCAGCUCGCACCAGAGGUGAUGCUCAGGACAUGGCUGCGCAACAGGCUUAUAACCAUUUGAGACGUGAAAGAAGAUGA